GAGAGGGCGGCUGGUGUGCGGUGACGAGCGAGAGAGCGAUGAGUGCUGCGUGCCAGGGUUCUGUUGCUAACAACUUCUGAGUAGGAGGAGUGUGGAUGCGUGUAAUGGAAUACUCUACCAAAAGGAACAGAACUAUCCUCACAAGCUAGUCAAUCAAUUGGACACCAUUUGUCUUUGAGAACAAUACAAAGGAGCUCUUCUAGCAAAAAUAAACUGCUUCAGAACAUCGUGUAACUCGUGAAUGAUUGGCUGAGAACUGAAAGAAAAAAAUUGGAAAACCAUUUACAUUCAUUUUGGUUGAAACACUGUUGAAUAGCAAUGGAAAUUGAAAAUGAGCAGACAGACAACAUCAACUCUACUGAACUGGAAAAUCUAAGUGACGCUCCAUUUUCUGGUGAUGAAGAAAAUGGUGGAACUGAGGAAAUGAAAACUGAAAUCAAUGGUAUCUGGAUCCCUGCAACGUCAAUUAACGAAGCUAAAAUCAGUGCUAGAGCAAAAAGGAGGCUAAGAAAAAAUUCUUCCAGAGAUUCUGGAAGAGGAGAUUCUGUGAGUGACAAUGGAGAGGCACUAAAAAGUGGAAUUACUGUGCCAACAAGUCCAAAGGGGAAGUGUCUGGAUAGACGAUCUCGAUCGGGAAAGGGUAGAGGCCUCCCAAAGAAAGGUGGUGCAGGAGGCAAAGGUGUUUGGGGAACACCUGGACAAGUAUAUGAUGUAGAGGAAGUGGAUAUUAAAGAUCCCAACUAUGAUGAUGACCAGGAAAACUGUGUCUAUGAAACUGUAGUGCUGCCUUUGGACGAAAAAGCAUUUGAGAAAACAUUAACUCCAAUAAUCCAGGAGUAUUUUGAACAUGGGGAUACUAAUGAAGUUGCAGAGAUGAUGAAAGAUCUCAAUCUUGGAGGAAUGAAAUACAGUGUACCAGUGCUGGCAGUAUCAUUGGCAUUAGAGGGGAAAGCUAGCCACCGAGAGAUGACCUCCAAGCUCCUAGCUGACCUGUGUGGGAAAGUAGUUGACAAAAAAGAUGUGGAAAAGUCAUUUGACAGGCUUCUCAGAGACUUGCCGGAAUUGGUUUUGGACACUCCUAGAGCACCACAGCUGGUGGGUCAGUUCAUUGCAAGAGCUGUUGGAGAUGGGAUUCUAUGCAGUAGUUACAUAGAUGGCUACAAAGGCACUGUGGACUGUGCUCAGGCUCGUGCUGCUCUGGAUCGAGCUACUGUGCUGCUAAGUAUGUCUAAAGGUGGAAAACGCACAGACAAUGCAUGGGGAUCAGGAGGCGGGCAGCAGUCUGUGAAACAUCUUGUUAAAGAGGUUGAUAUGCUGUUGAAAGAAUACCUUCUUUCAGGAGAUGUUUUAGAAGCAGAACGUUGCCUUCAGGAGUUAGAAGUACCCCAUUUUCACCAUGAACUUGUAUAUGAAGCGGUUGUGAUGGUUUUGGAAUCAACUGGAGAAGAAAACUUUAAAAUGAUGCUCAAUUUGCUGAAAUCCCUCUGGAAAUCUGCUGUCAUUACUAUGGACCAAAUGAAGAGAGGCUAUGAACGAAUUUACCGUGAAAUCCCAGACAUUAAUCUUGAUGUGCCACAUUCAUACUCUGUGCUUGAACGGUUUGUAGAGGAAUGCUUUAAAGCGGGAAUAAUCUCCAAACCAUUGAGAGACCUCUGUCCUUCCAGGGGAAGGAAACGUUUCGUAAGUGAAGGAGAUGGAGGCCGUCUGAAAUCUGAAAGUUACUGAAUACGUGAACUAACUCUUGCAGCCACAGAUGUUUAAAGGGAAUAUAUAUGUAUAUAUUCCUUAGUAAGAGUUGUUUAGCACAGUUCAUUUAUUCUUAAAAUACAUGUUAUGGGGCACAAAAUGUCUGAAGGUUUUUAAAUUUUGUGUUCACAAAGGAAGUCCUUCUAAACUUUCUUUUCUUGGGAUUUAUAAUUGGACAGAGCAAGUAACUGCCUUUCUGUGGAGGUUUUCUGAAAUAAGCUACUCUAUUGUAAGUGCCAUAGGUUUGACCUAAUCAUUCCAUGUUUUGCAUUGGUGCCUGCCUGCCUGCCACUCCUUUCUUUCAAGGACAGUGUUUUUUGAAAUAAAAUCACUGGUUUAUACAAAGCUUUACAGAAUGGGCCAAGUUAAGCUGCUGGAACCCUAUUUUGGCUGCUGCUGUUAAAAUACUGUGCUUUGGGAAGAAAAGUUAUUUUUUUUUUUAAGAAUCUAAGAAAUUUAGUUUGGUCAUAAGAUGUAUUCAAGAUGUAUUCAUUUUCCAGGGGAAUAUAUUGAUUUGGUCUUAAAGACUACUUCAGCAAAUGGUGGCUGGAACAUCUAUUUUUCUACAAAACUGGAUAAAUGAAUAGUAGAUAAAAUAUAUUGCAAAAUAAACUUUUAUGAAGCAGAUUCUUGC